CCAGCGCCUCAUAGUAGUGAUAGCAUAGAUUAUCCUACCGGGUCGAAGCGCGCGCAACUUUGAUUCGAUUUAUCAUCACCUGUCCGCAGUCGACAGAACGAGAGUCAAGGCCUCUGCUGGCUGAUGAAAGCAGGCGGAGCAAGCUGUCACUAAGCACUCGGUACUGUGAAGAGCACAAGCACCAUUGCAUCGACUCGGACACGCGCGGAAGAUGUUGGCGUAUCAUGGCAGGCUCAGCGUGAGCAUCGUCUUGUUCGCGGUGCUGAGUGCGCUCCAAGUUCGUCUGGCAAUGUCGACGAGCGCCAGCUCCUGCGCAUCCGAUGCCGAGUUCACCGUCAUCGGGGCAUCGUCAGGUCACAUCUAUCGCGACCCGCCAUCCCUGCCCACCUCUCGAGCUCAUCGGGUGGCCAUCAUAGGAGCGGGCCCCGGUGGCACAUCAGCAGCGUACUUUUUGUCAAAGGCAAACCAGCGCCUCCGUCGAGAUGGCAAAGAAGAACAAGGCUUUGAGAUUGAUGUGUACGAGAGGAAUAGAGUGGGCGGUAGAACUAGCGUGGUCAAGGCUUGGGCUGACCAAGAGGGUCCUAUCCAGCCUGAUGUGGGCAUCAGCUUGGAGGAUCAGGAUGCACUGCCGCAGUACAUCGAGCUGGGCGCCAGUAUCUUUGCCGACGUCAAUCGCAAUCUCAAACGCAGCGCAAAGUCAUUUGGCUUGCAUGCGAACGCCUCUCUGGGAGAGCCGGACGGAUUGAUGGGCAUCUGGGACGGGCAGCAGUUCGUCAUCGAAGGCCUGGAUGACGGCUGGUGGAACUCUGCCCGCAUGCUCUGGAGGUAUGGCUACAGCCCCGUCACGACCAAGAAGAUCGUCGGCAAACUCGUCAGCCGCUUCUUGCGCCUGUACGAUCCUGUGUAUCUCCACAAGCCUGGCGCACAACAGCGCACGCAGCCGAAUUCGACCGUCAGCGGGUUUCCUUGGAGCAACUUGCAAUCGCUGAGCGAUGCAUUGGGCUUGACUGAUUUGGUGGCGGAUAAUGCAGGUGACAAUCUCUACGCUCAAGGGGUGAGCAAGCUCUUUGUCGAGGAAGUCGUAGAAGCCGCCACGCUGGUCAACUAUGGCCAAGAGAUCUACUCGAUUCACGCAUUGGGAGGUGGAGUGUCUCUCGCAGCGUCAGGAGCGACUGGCAUCAUGGGAGGAAAUUACCAAAUCUUUUCGGAAAUGUUAAAGCGCAGCUCGUCGAGAUUACGCCUGGGAGCGUCGGGGGAAGUGACGGGAAUAGUCAAAUUUGGAAGUCUGGCCGAAGUGGUCGACGCUGGGUACCUAUCGUCGACUCAAGCUGAGAAGCACUCCAAGUGGAUCCAGGAGGCUGGGACCAAGUGGUGGGUCGGCACCAAGACGGGAGGAGGAGGACUCUAUGAUAGCGUCUUCAUCGCUACGCCUUGGCACAAUGCAGACAUCUCUCUGAUCAACACUCACGCGACCAUUCCAACGCCGCCGUAUGUGCACCUGCACGUAACGCUGCUCAUCACAAACGCAAGUCACCCGAAUCCUGCCUACUUUGGAAGAGGAAAGAGCGAUGCGGUACCUACGAGCAUCCUGACUACGCACGCAGCGGUUCGUAAGGCGCAGAAGCAGAACAAGGAGAAGCAAGACGAGAACAACUUCUCCGGUAGCUACUUACACUUGGUGGAUGAUGCUGGCCUCGCUUGGCCAUUGCGCAUCUACAGAUACGCCAGGUCAUUCUUUGCUGGCUUGAUACUCGGUUGGUGGCCUGGUGGCGAUGAUAAAGAUAGUGGACUGCUACUCGAGUUCAACAGCCUUUCGUACCUCAAGAAACUGCCAGAGCGCAGAUUGGCUGACGGAACGUUGACGGGUGAAGAACAUAUCGUCAAGAUCUUUUCCAAAGCUGCGCUCAACGACACGCAGCUGGAAUCCAUCAUGGGUGCCAACAAUCUUCGUUGGGUGUUCCGGAAACAAUGGGACGCUUAUCCGGAGCUACGUCCUACGCGCGACUUUCCACCUCUACAAGUGGAUGAAGGAGGUCUGUAUUUUUUGAAUUCUUUCGAGACCCUCAUCAGUACGAUGGAGACGUCAACUGUGAGCGCCAGGAACGCGGUCGCGCUCCUCCUGCAAAAGACGUUUGGAUGGGACUUUGUGCAUGGCGGGAAGAAGUGCGAUUGGCAGAAGGGUGAUCAGGAAUUGACGAGCGACACGAAUAGCCGAAGGAAGGAGGACGACGAUCAAGAGGCGUGGGCUGGAUGGGGUUGCAACAGCGGCUGAGACUAUCUGCACAGCCUCGCAGUGACCCCGACGACCUCUGCUGUUUGCCCGAGCCGCUCCGACUGCGCCUUCCGCGCGUCGCCGAUCUCUUCUCCUUUUUGUACCAUAAAGAUCAGCGGAUUCUUGGACUGUUUUCAUUCGACGAGCGAUGAGCAAUCCAGCGCCGUGACGGCAUCUCUUCGAUUCUGCUGCUGUCUCUUCUGAUGAUCGUCGGCAUGGCUUGCAGCUUACGCGUCGUGAUCACGAACAAUCACGAAUCGUAAAU